CACCAACUCAAAGGCCGCCCGCCCACAGACUCUCUUGUGCGGCUGUGCCUAUAAAGAUAUUGAUCCUCGGGGUGCUUGAGAAUACCAUCGGUUGCUGCAUGGUCCACAAGGUCCAGCAGGAGAUGAGUGCCGGGGAGGUCUUUCUUCUCAUCCUGGCCACUCUUCUUAUUUUCCUGUUCCUUUUUGGUUGUAGCAGUAGUUCUGGUUCCAGUAGAGGAAGCAGGAAAAGGGUUCCGCCUGGUUCGCUAGGCAUUCCAUUGAUAGGACAAAGCCUCUCCUUUCUUCGUGCUAUGAAAAAAAAUAUGGCCGAAGAUUGGGUGCAGCGGAAGAUCAACAAGUACGGGCCAAUUUUUAAGCUUAACCUGUUCGGGACUCCAACGGUGUUCCUUUGCGGUCCGGCCGCCAACAAGUUCAUAUUCAGUACGGCCGACGCCGACGCUCUUGCCAACAAGCCCCCUCCGUCAAUAACCAGGAUCUUGGGAGCACAUAACCUGUUGGAGUUGAGUGGGGCGGACCACAAGCGCGUUAGGGGCGCGCUUGCCUUCUUCCUUAGACCGGAGAUGCUGAAGAGUUACGUCGGCAAAAUUGACACGCAGGUGAAGGAGCACGUAUCUACACAUUGGCAGGGACAGACUACAGUCACGGUGAUGCCGCUGCUGAAGACGCUCGUAUUCAACACGAUAUGCUCCCUCAUCUUUGGACUGGAAAAGGGUUGCCAGCGACACUCACUCGUCAACGACUUCAAAGCGAUGAUGGAUGGGAUAUGGUCGGUGCCGCUGAACGUGCCUUUCACUAGCUUUAGCCGUGCACUCAGGGCGAGCGCCAGCGCCCGCAGCGCCCUCACCCGUCUCGCCAGGGCCAAACGGGCAUCCUGCCUACAAGGCCUGGUCUCUCCCCACCAAGACCUCAUCACCUAUUUGCUGAGCAUGAAGGGUGAGAAUGGCAAGGAAAGCAUCCUGAGCGAGGAGGAGGUCAUAGACAAUGCCCUCUUCGUCAUGUCGGCUGGCUACGACGUAUCGUCCACCCUCAUAUCCUUCAUCAUCAGAAUUCUAGCAACGCAGCCCGACGUCUAUGCCAAUGUCGCUCGAGAACAAGAAGAGAUAGCCAAGGCCAAGCCUCCAGGCGAUGUGCUCAGCUGGGACGACCUGAGUAGGAUGAAAUACACAUGGAGGGUUGCAUUGGAAACGUUGAGGGUGCACCCCCCAGUGUUCGGUACCUUCAGAACUGUGCUCAGAGACAUAGAGUACGGCGGCUACGUGAUUCCCAAAGGAUGGAAAGUGUUCUGGGCUGCCCAUGCAACGCAUAUGGAUCCUACCAUCUAUGCCAAUCCGGAGACGUUCGAGCCCAAGCGCUUUGAGGUGGGACAGUCUUCGGUCGUUCCCUACAGCUUCGUGGCGUUCGGAGCCGGAUCAAGGAUGUGCCCUGGUGCCGAAUUUGCAAGGAUUGGCACUCUGGUCGCGAUCCACCACUUGGUCACAAGGUUCACCUGGACUCUGUCUAGGCCUGAUCAAGAAGCUAUCACUAGGAACCCAACCCUUUCUCUCUCACUUGGAUUGCCAAUUUGCCUUCAACCAAAAACAUUGGCUUCCCUUAACUAGUGGCUCUUUCCUGCGUGUUGUUACUUGUCGUCAUCAGGUUUUAGUUUCCUCUCUAUGUAUGUAACCCAUAUUGCUUCUUUUUUCUUUUGAUUGUGGAAGGCAAAACCCUGUGUUCAUUAGCUGUUAAUAAGGGCUAAAAAUAGCUAAUAAUGUCA